UUUUCUUCUUUUCAAACUCCCAGGAUGUGGAAGGCACAGGACUGGCUUUCAUCACUUUCACGGAGGCCAUGACCCUCUUUCCAACCUCCCCAUUCUGGUCGGUGCUGUUCUUUUUCAUGCUGCUGGAACUUGGGGCUGAGCACUAUGCUGGGGAACAUGCAAGGAUCAUCACUCCAUUGCUGGACAACUUCCACAGCCUCCAGCGCCGGCGGACCCUCUUCACAGUGCUGUGUUGUAUUAUUGGAUUCCUGCUGGGCCUGGUUUUCGUGCAACGGUCAGGCAGCUAUUUUGUGUCCAUGUUUGACGACUACUCUGCUACCCUGCCCCUGCUUAUUGUUGUGGCUUUUGAAGCUUUUGCCGUGGCCUGGAUCUACGGAGCAGACAGGUUCUUAAGCGACAUAGAAGACAUGCUGGGCUGGCGGCCUUGGAGGAUCUACAGCUACAUGUGGCGCUUUGUCAGCCUGGAGCGAUGCUGUGCCUGCUGCUAG